GUGACCAGAAGUCAGCAGCUUCCCAGAAGCCCCGGAGCCGGGGCAUCCUCCACUCACUCUUCUGCUGUGUCUGCCGGGAUGAUGGGGAGGCCCUGCCUGCCCAUAGCGGGGCACCCCUGCUCGUGGAGGAGAAUGGCGCCAUCCCUAAGGUAGAGGGCCAGGGUAGGGAAGGCUGUGUAGGAGGUGCCCCCACCCAGCCCGGCCCCUCCCACCAGCAGACCCCAGUUCAGUACCUGCUCCCUGAGGCCAAGGCCCAGGACUCGGACAAGAUCUGCGUGGUCAUCGACCUGGACGAGACCUUGGUGCACAGCUCCUUCAAGCCAGUGAACAACGCUGACUUCAUCAUCCCAGUGGAGAUUGAUGGGGUGGUCCACCAGGUCUAUGUGCUGAAGAGGCCCCAUGUGGACGAGUUCCUGCAGCGAAUGGGCGAGCUCUUCGAGUGCGUGCUGUUCACUGCCAGCCUUGCCAAGUAUGCAGACCCAGUAGCUGAUCUGCUGGACAAAUGGGGGGCCUUCCGAGCCCGGCUGUUUCGAGAGUCCUGCGUCUUCCACCGGGGGAACUACGUGAAGGACCUGAGCCGGCUGGGCCGAGACCUUCGGCGGGUGCUCAUCCUGGACAACUCGCCUGCCUCCUACGUCUUCCAUCCAGACAAUGCUGUACCAGUGGCCUCGUGGUUUGACAACAUGAGUGACACCGAACUCCAUGACCUCCUCCCCUUCUUUGAGCAACUCAGCCGCGUGGAUGAUGUGUACUCAGUGCUCAGGCAGCCGAGGCCCGGGAGCUAGUGAGGUGCCACGGGGCCUGGACCUGCCCCUGACUGAAGCCCACACCUCCUCCCACGGAGACUCUGGGCACCUGCCCGAGAGCUCUUAAGAAAACCCGCAAGCUGUGCCCAUCGGUGGCCCUGGGGAAGCAGGUGUCUUCCCCAGCAGCCCUGCCAGGCUGUACCGAGGACUGUACACCCCUGGUUCCCUGUGUCAGUGCCUUCGAACCUCCUCCCCACUUUUCAGGAGACCUGGGGGCCCUGCCUGCUGCUCCCCUUUUCUGUCCCCUCUCUUCAUGCUGCCAUGUUUCUCUGCUGCCAAAUUGGGCUCCUUAGCCCCAGUUCUGCUUUUGGGGUGGGGGCAGGAUUUCUGUCAUCCCAUACCUUGGAGCCCCAGCCUGGGAACAGUGGACACCAAGUGCCUUUCAUAGAGCCUCAUCUUGCCCACUCAGCUUUCCCGGGGGCGUGGCUACCAUCAUAGCUCCUGCCUGGACUGGCCUGCAGGUUGCUGAGGUCUAGGCUGGUCCGGGGAACCAGUCUCUUCUCACCCCCACGCCUCCCUUGGAACUGACAGAGGCCCCACCAGUUCCUGUCUAGGCAGGGGAGGGCCUGGAGGGAAGAACCUCUUACCCCUUGUGAAGGGAGCAAGGGUCUUUCCUUCAGGACCCCACAGUCCAGAUUCUCCAAGGUUGAUGGCUGCUCCUUAUGUCACCCAAGCUGUGACCCCUUCCUUCUGCCUUAAUUACCCCAAGGCCCUGGAGCUUGGCUCCCCAUUUCUGAAUAUGGGGACAUAGGCAGGACCCCCUUGUGGUGCCAUAUAAAUAUGUAUAUGUGUAUAUAGAUUUUUAAGGGAUGGAGAGAGGGAAGGGUGGGCAUAGAGACACCCUCCCUUGCCCCUUUCCUGGGCCCAGAAAUUGGGGGGGAGGGAGGGAAAGGAUUUUUACAUUUUUUAAACUGCUAUUUUCUGAAUGGAACAAGCUGGGCCAAGGGGCCCCAGGCCCUGCUCCCUGUCCUUCACAGCCCUUUUGCUCCGUUCGUUCAAAAUACACUUAUUGAGCACCUUGUGUGCCCAGCACUAUGCUAGGCCACCAGCUAAGUGGGGGGUCUCCACCCCUAAUUGGUGCCUUCUCCACCCACCCCAGACUUCACCAGUGCCUUUGGGGUAUCUGCAGGAGAUGGAAACUUCUUGUGAGGUUUGGGGGGUCUCCAGGAAGCUAGGCCAAGCUGUCCCUGUCCCCUGUGCCAACCCACCCACUGCAGCCUCCUCCCUUGCCCCCUGCUGGCUGGGGGAAGCUCCCAGAAUGUCCGCCUUCCAACUUUAACUUGUUUCUGAAACUCUUCCCCACACUUGCUGAGUCAGGAGGUCAAGGCCUUGGGCUUUCCCCGGGGUCAAACGGUCAAGUGGACCCACAAACCAGUGCCAAGGGAGUUGAUGGGGGGAGGGAGGAUAUGGUUGACCUGAAAAGGGUGACCUUCGCAUUUAGUGCCUUCUUGGUGACCCAGAGCCUCACCGUGUAACAAGAACUAAAGAGAAAGCCAGACCCCCCUA